UGCCUUCACUUCUUGUCCUCAGUAGAAAUAAUCAUACACAUCAUGACAAGAAAAACAACCCUUGUAGGGAGUCUAGGCCUGACGAUUCCGAAUUGGAGUCCGCGUUCAAAACGUUUAGUCCGGAAGAUGCGGAAGUUGACAUUGUCCGGGAAAUCGGCGAAGAAAGGCAGAGUUGUCUCGGAAUACACAGUUGAAGAAGAACAAAUUGCAUCAUGUCUGUCCAUUCGAGGCAAUCGAAAUUCAUUCAAAUCGUCGCCAUUGGUAGUUGAAUCUGCAGACUCAUUAGAAGGGCCACUUUAUGUCGAACAGAGUAGACUGGUAGAGGGCUCGACAUGCGCUGUAUAUGCUGCUAUGGAGAGUGCGACAGGCAGACGAGUAGCUCUGAAAAGAGGAGAUUAUAACGCAAAUCAGCUGCAAAUGCAACAUGAAUACGAGGUUUUACAGCAGCUGAGUGAAUUAGAGCAUGUGGUGACAGCAUAUGACCUAAUUAUUGAAGAUGCUGACAACGACAUCUAUUUGGUCAUGGAGUUAUGUACUGGUGGGAGCUUAGUGGACUUGAUAGUUAAGACAGAGUCAGGCUAUACUUUUGAAUACUUUAAACCAAUGAUAGCGCAAUUGACCGGCGCUUUCAGUCGUAUCCAUGAGCUUGGCAUUGUACAUAGAGAUAUUAAGGCAGACAAUGUAUGUUUGGCCACCAAGGACGGCGGUAUACGCGUGCUCGAUUUUGGCGAAGCAUUAGUAUUGAAAGAUAUCAAUCCUGCAUACUUCAAUCCGAGAGCCGGCACAAUGCACUACAUGUCGCCUGAACUCGUCGAUGAGAUAUUCCAGAAACGCGUAGAUGUAGAAAGUCCGGCGGAUAGCCAAUUGGACCUGAAAAAGUGUGACGUCUUUGCCCUUGGAGUCACAAUCUACUGUGCGCUAACAGCAUGUUUCCCUUGGCGGGUAGCUGCUCUGAAUGACCCGCUUUACGUCGCAUGGGCAGAGAGAGGCUGUCUUGGAUACUCGCCCACUUGGCGUGCCCUUCCGUAUCGAGCCAGGGUGUUAUUGACAAAUAUGUUAAAUCCUGAUACCGCUAGGAGAUGGAGAAUGGAUGAAGCGCACAGCUUCACUUUGACGGGUAUGAUGCCGGUCUCGCACUAAUGCUGGUUUGUGGCUGGACAGAACAAACAUAGAUAGAAUCUUCGCUCAAUGUUGAUAUGUAGUUGCUCUUCUCAAAACAUGGUAUAACUUGGAAAGUCAAAUAAAGGUCAUGCAGCGAUGUUCAGGAUCACAAUACCCUUUUGAGUCCUCAUAAUUUUGGCAAUCGAAAUCAAGUGAAUAGAUUCGUAUCACUUGACCAAAUUCUUUGUGCCAAAGAACAGGCAAUAAUCAGCGUUGCCUUUUUUUAGUGCUGUAUACUUCAGAUAGGAAUAACUAUCGUAUAAUCAAUGCCAAGUUGCAAUGGAGCAAGCUUGAACUUUCAAGGCACUUUCAAGACUAAUAUGACUUUGAGAUAUCAAAUUCAUCGUAGAGCGAGAGAGACAGGUCACAAGUUCAAAAUAUAUAUGCUUGGUCGGUCAUAGACUCAUAGCCUCCUAAAAAGAACAUAGGAGGCUAUGGCCUAUGGCCCUCGGGUCGGUGAUAGAAAAAAAGUGUCAUGACAGUCAACAUGACGAUGUCCACAGUCCACGUCACGAUCCAUACUAUAGCUUGGGGGGGUUGAUCGUUUUUAAAAAACAUUUUUCAACAAUUUUUUUUAGAUGGCACGGUUCAGCUGCUGGGAUACUCAUGAAGCAAUAUAAAUAUUAAAACAAGAUAUCUUGGAA